UAUGUGAUUAUAAGUGAAGCCCACUUUUGUGUUUGGUAAACAUCUUAAUAAGUCGCUUCGUUGAAAAGCUCCGACUUUUAGAGGGCAAAAGCAUAAGUAGGGGUUACCCUCCUUUUGGAAGCCAUAAGCUGUGGAGAUGCGGAGAACACUGUAGCGAUAAUUAAUGAACUUUCAAAAUUCCAGUGGGUACUCUCGUGAAACUGAAUUAAUUACACAACCCAAUCUCUUUCUUUUCGACGCCUCUCCUCUUUCAAUUCUUUGGUCUUCUCCUCUUCUCUGAUAUCUCGCCCCUCUCGGUGGACGACGUAAAUCCUCCAUAAUCUGAUAGGCGCGCCUCUAUCUUCCCCCUCGUCCAUGGUUACCCGAGUCUGCUACGGGGUCGUAUGUGAUUUUGGUUUCAUUUCACAGAUAUUGAGACAAAUGCAUGUAGUUGAUCUAGAGACAUCAACACUUUGUCUUGUUGGAGCUCGUAAUGUUGGGAAGUCGUCUUUGGUUGGUAUACUCGCCACUCGGAAACCUGAGAUCACUCAGCACAAGUGGUCAUGGCCUUUUAUGACGCCUGUAGAUGUUCAAAAACUGGGAUUGCAGGACUAUCAUCAAGCUAUAUACAUAUUUGUACUACAGAAGAAAAAAAAAAGGAUCCCUUUGAUGGUCACCUACUUGUUUCGGUCUCUUAGUAUUUGGGUCUGGGAUGGUAUUGUAUUAGAAGUUUAUUGUAAUUUCCUUUAAAUUCUAUUUUUUCUAGGUAUAGUUGAUUCUGGUAACUACUGUAUUUGGACAGUUCAGAUUUCUGAGUACAAAAUUGCAGAGAACAAGUGUUGCAUGAAAGUUUUAUUACACUGUUACACGUUCAUUUUUAUAGCCUGCUCAGUUGCAUCAAGAGUGAGCGGAAAAUGGGAUACGUGCCUUACUUUCUUGGGUCUUAAACUAUGAAUUGGCAUCACUGAAUGCACAGGAGGUGGAUCUGGACAUUGAUACUCAGAAGUUUCUGGAAACACGAGAGGGUUUUAGCUAACUCCUUCCCUCAAUUCAAUUCCACAUUUCCACAUUUCGUCUCUCAAGAAAAACACAAGCGUCUUCUUCUUCUUCUUCCUCGCUCCUCCUCAGUCGUCGCUACUAGAGAUUUUAUUAACAAUGGCAAGUUCAAGCUCUGACUCUAACACCACGAUUAGUAAGAUCACAAUCAACAGCCCCAACGUUACGGACUUGGUCUUUGAAACCCCAAUUCCAACAUCAGUUUUUAAACUUGUCGACGGGUUUACAUUUGGCUUUGGACCAGGAGACCCCGGGGACUUGCCAGAAGUUUUCAACAAAGUUAUGUGCACCAGUGAAGGGCAUUUCAAGAGUUUUGUCAAGAUGUUCGACAAUUUGGGCACAGACGGGUACGAGGACUUGGCUAUGGAGAUUGGGAAUCAAGUCGUUGAAGAGGGUGUAAUACCGAAUGUCCUGGUCAUGACUGGAAUUAUUGAUGAGUAUGCUGAAGCUGGCAAGACUGCUGAGGCUUUUUAUGUGUACCGGAUGAUGGCGGAGUCUGAACAUUGUGCCCCUAAUGCUUACACAUAUACUGUUAUUAUCAAGGCUCUGGCCGCAGACUCGGAUCACAAUUUUCAUGGGAUUGCAAAGGAUCUUGUGAUGGAGAUGAUGGGGAAGGGAAUGCAACCCAAUGCAAGCACAUACACUGCUGUAUUUGAGGCGUUCGUGAGGCAGGAGAAGAUGGAGGAGGCCAAGCAGUUUUUGGUGGAGAUGAAGGCAAAUGGGUUUGUGGCUGACAAGAAAGCAAUGAGGGCUAUUAGACGGGUUCCUGAGGCUAAAGGACCUGUGGUCAAAAGCAUUAUUGAUAUUCUGUUUGAUAAUGUUGAAGACUAUUCAGAUGAGUCAGAGGAUGAUGAUGAUCUAAAGGCGAAUAUCAACAAGUUUGACUGGUCACAGUACCCUCCUGAGAGUUAUAUUCCUAUUGCCAAGAAACAGGUUAUCGAGGAUGAUCCAGAAAACCCCAAGGAUCUGGAAUAUUACUUCAACAUGAUGUGCAAGAAUGGACCAUACAUCCACACUUUGACUAAGAUGCUAACCAUGCUAAAAAAUGAUGGAUUCUUGUCCCAAAUCUUGGAGAUUAUGAUUGUAAUAGAUGAUGGCAAAAUACCUGAUGUAGUGACACACACCGGUGUCAUGGGGUUCUAUGCCAGGGCCGAUGAGGUCAAGGAAGUACUGAAAGUGUUCAUGCGUAUGUUAUCUCUUGGAGUUGCUCCUAACGCAUACACGUACAGUGUUCUCAUUAAGGCACUUGCAAAAGACCCUAAUUUCAUUGGCGACGUCAAGAAGUACACUUUAGAGAUGAUGGACAAGGGAAUGCAGCCCAAUGUCAGGACCUAUGCUGCUGUGUUUCAGGCCUUUUCCAGGCUGAAGGAUUUCAAGGUGGAGAAGGGCAGAGAGUUUCUGAAGGAGAUGAAAGCAAGGAGAUUUGUUCCUAACAAGAAGGCCGUAAUGGAGGUCUUGAAGGGGAGAAAAGGACCUGUGGUUAAGAUGGUAAUCAACAUUCUCUUUGGCAAGUAGGUCAAUUGCUUAUAACACUGCUCCAUUUUAGACUAGCAUUGACUAGUUGAAACUCUGAAAUCCAAUUGUCUAGCGUCUGCCUUUAGACUUCCUUCUUUCUAUGUUGUGCUGAUGAUAUCUGUCAAGUGAACUAGGAAAUGUUGAUAAUACUGUAGGGGAUGUGUUGUGUGGAAAAUUGAUGUUGUAGGGACAUGUUGUGUGAAAAUAUUUCUUAGCUCCUUAUCUCCCGUGUGGCAAGCUAAUUGCUCAUUCAUCCGUGUCUUUUGUGUUGAUAAUCAACUUGUUCUGAAGUUUGCAAAUCUGUUAUGAAAAUGUUUUGUUGUCUAGUUUCUGUGUUGUAUUGUAUUUGCAAUUUCCUUUUACAAUGAACUUUUUGUUCCUGUUAUGAUUUUCAUAUACAAAAGGUUGCGAGUCUUGUGACUUUCUAUGUACAAUAUCGAGUUAGCAUUUAGAUUAAGAGGCUACAGAACUUAUUACGGGCAGUAAAAGCCCUGUGGUUAUGGA